UUUUGAGAUGCCAGGCUCUGCAGCAUUAAUGUGUGAUUUCUCAAAUAGCAUCUUUCCAUAUAUUGAUGUCCGGAUCUCUCUCACCCAAUACAAUGCGACUGAUGUAAAACUGUGGUGUCCAGUUUCUCAGACUAAAUCCUGGCUCCUCUGAGGACAGAGAACUGAUAUCAGAGGGCCCUUGCUGUCCGUAAAUCACUUCCACCACCGCGUAGAAGCUGCAGAGGUGAACAACUACCACAAUGUCUGAUACAGAAGAAGUGGAAUAUGAGGAAAGAAGAAGGACAGGGAGAAGUAGCCGAGGAGCCUGAGCUGGAGGAGGCUGCAGAGGAGUAUGGAGAACAUGUAGAAGAGGAGGAGCGCCCCAGGCCAAGUAGGCCCAUGAUGCCCCAACUUGCACCUCCAAAAAUUCCAGAAGGAGAAAGAGUUGAUUUUGAUGAUAUUCAUCGGAAGCGAAUGGAAAAGGAUCUCCUGGAACUUCAGACAUUGAUAGAUGUCCAUUUUGAACAACGUAAAAAGGAAGAAGAAGAACUCAUUGGCCUAAAGGAUAGAAUAGAGAAUCGCAGAGCUGAACGGGCAGAACAACAGCGUUUCAGGACUGAGAAGGAGCGGGAGAGACAAGCCAGAGUGGCGGAAGAAAAAAUGAGAAAAGAAGAAGAGGAGGCUAAAAAACGCGCAGAUGAUGAUGCCAAGAAGAAAAAAGUUCUGUCCAACAUGGGAGCCCAGUAUGGAGGUUAUCUCAUGAAGGCAGAGCAGAAGAGAGGGAAGAGACAAACUGGUCGUGAAAUGAAGAGAAAGAUGCUUGCGGAGCGGCACAAACCUUUAUGCAUUGAUCACAUGAAUGAAAACCAGCUAAAGGAGAAAGCUAAAGAGCUUACAGAAUGGAUGUAUCAGCUGGAGUCUGAAAAGUUUGAUCUCAUGGAGAAGAUGAAAACUCAAAAAUAUGAGAUUAAUGUCCUAUACAACCGUAUAAGCCAUGCACAGAAAUUCAAAAAAGGAGCUGGAAAAGGACGUGUAGGUGGACGUUGGAAGUAAUUGUCCAUUAUGGGGAUUGUGUACAGUACUGGAAGAUGUUGUUUCCAUCCUUCAGAAAUACAUAUUGUGCUCUAUAUAUUUCAUGUUCUGUCUGUACAAAGCGAUUAUCCAGGCACAAACACAUAGUGCUGCCUGCGAUUGUCUUUUAAUGCACAGUUAAAUACAAUGUGGGCUAAAUGCAUUGUCAGCGACUGUCUACUGAUUUCCAUGUAUUCCAAGUCCAACAACCACAAAAAUGUUCCUCGCUAAAUAAAUAACAGUGCAAAAACAUCUGUCUGAAUUUCUGAUGUAUUGCAUGUCUAAA